AGGAGCUGGUCCUGGAUAACUGCCGCUCGGACGAUGGGAAGAUCGUUGGUCUCUCCUCAGAUUUCGAGAACCUGGAGUUCCUCAGCAUGAUCAACAUCAACUUGCUGUCUGUCUCCAACCUCCCCAAACUUAACAAGCUCCGGAAGCUGGAGCUGAGUGAUAACAGGAUUUCUGGUGGCCUUGAAGUUCUAGCGGAGAGAACUCCUAACCUGACACACUUGAAUCUAAGUGGCAACAAGAUCAAAGACAUCAAUACGCUGGAGCCCUUGAAAAAGUUGCCAAACCUCCAUAGUCUGGACCUCUUCAACUGUGAGGUGACGAUGCUCAUCAACUACCGGGAGAGCGUGUUCUCCCUUCUGCCCCAGCUCACCUACCUAGACGGGUUUGACGCUGACGACCAGGAAGCCCCUGACUCAGACCCUGAAGCAGAUGGGGAUGGACUGGAAGAUGAGUAUGAGAACGGGGAAGUAUUUGGGAACCAUGACACUUACCUACCUCUCCUUUUGGUAGAAGGGGAGGAAGAGGAUGAUGAGGAGGAGGAAGAUGAUUUGGAUGAAGAAGUCAUUGAUGAUGAAGAAGAUGAAGAUGAUGAUCUGGAAGGUGAAGAGGAGGAGGACGGAGUAGAUGAUGAGGAGGAAGAUGAGGAGGAAGAUGGUGAGGACGAUGAAGAAGAUGAAGCUGAUGAUGACCUUCCACGAGGGGAAAAGAGAAAACGAACUCUAGAGGAUGAAGGAGAGGAAGAUCCGGAAGACGAAGAGGACGAUGAGGAUGACUGAUCCGAGCGAGCCAAUCAGUUUUACAGACUAUGACUGUGCUUGUCUUAACCUCCCCGUUGUGUCUAUGUGAGACUGUAAAUCCCCGUCUCCCACUCCUCCCCCCUUUGUAUGGCUGCAGCGCCCACAAUAUAUUUUUUUAAGAUGUAGAAUACUGUAGGCAUUCAGGGGAAUCUUCCAUACAAGGCUCACUUUCUCACAAGUAUCUCAUGACCAAAGGCUU